UCCGCUUUAGCUGCCACAAGAGGGCGUAGUAGCAUGCGAGGAAACUAAAAAUUUCUUAACACUCUGUCAGCGAAGAAGAAGUGGACAUUUACACGUGUUUUGUAUCUGAGGAGCGACCAAGUUUAAUUCGUUAGUAGAAGUUUAUGUUUCUAAAUAUUUUAUUAAGAUAAAACAGCGAAAAUGCCGAAGGUGAAGGCGGAGAAGAAGAGCCGACAGCACCAGGAAGUCAAGAGCCAAGGGAUCAUGUUCAACACUGGUGUGGGUCAGCACAUCCUAAAGAAUCCCCUGGUGGUCAAUGGUAUCAUUGAAAAGGCAGCGCUGCGGCCCACAGAUGUGGUUCUGGAGGUAGGGCCUGGUACUGGUAACAUGACAGUGAAGCUGCUGGAAAAAGCCAAAAAGGUGGUGGCCUGUGAGUUAGACGGCAGACUGGUGGCUGAACUCCAGAAAAGAGUGCAGUGCACACCCUUACAAGCCAAACUUCAGGUACUGGUUGGAGAUGUACUAAAGACUGACCUACCAUUCUUUGACAUUUGUGUGGCUAAUUUGCCAUAUCAGAUUUCCUCACCGUUUGUCUUCAAGCUCCUUUUGCAUCGACCCUUCUUCAGAUGUGCCGUGUUGAUGUUCCAGAGAGAGUUUGCCAUGCGACUAGUGGCCAAACCUGGAGACAAACUUUACUGCAGACUCUCCAUCAACACACAGCUCCUGGCCCGUGUCGACCACCUCAUGAAGGUUGGAAAGAAUAAUUUUCGCCCUCCUCCAAAAGUGGAGUCAAGUGUUGUCAGGAUAGAACCGAAGAAUCCUCCACCUCCAGUAAAUUUCCAGGAGUGGGACGGCCUGGUCAGAAUAGCUUUCGUAAGGAAAAACAAAACCCUGAGUGCCGCGUUCAAGUCGACUGCAGUGGAACAACUCCUGGAGAAAAACUACAGGAUCCACUGCUCUGUUCAUAAUGUGGAAGUACCAGGAGACUUCAUCAUUAGCAAGAAGAUCGAGAGUGUUUUGCAGGUGUCUGGGUUCUAUGAGAAGAGAGCCAGGUCCAUGGACACCGACGACUUUAUGGUAUUGCUGCACGCAUUCAACUCUGCAGGAAUCCACUUUUCUUAGACAACCUCAAAGGCUGAGCUUCAUGACUCAUGAUGAUGAAGACAGUGGAGCUUGUCCUUGUAAAAGUGCAGAGAAAUAGACUUGUCUUCCUUCUUCUGAAGAGUUUGGUUAGGGGGAACUGAAUUCCCUGUGGGCAAUCUUCCAAAAUGAAAUAUACUAAACAUGGACAUAUUCAAUCAGCUCAUAUUGAGUGUGGGAGUCAGGAAAAGCAAGUUUACGCUGCAGUCGUGCACAACUGUGCAUGUGUGCAAGAGGGAAUCUGUCAUUUGUAAUCAUGAGACUACGGAAUUUUAAUCCUGUGUUUUUUAAAAAAAAAAAAAAAGAUUGUGUGUGGUCUUUUACAACAAGUUUCCUAGAAACUAGAGCUUGUUUAAAGUUGCUGUUGUGAAAGGCAGUGGUGCCAUGAAUGCUGUAAAUAAAUGAAAGUAAGAAAGUUCAGGGAAAGAAGGCAGUGAGUAGCAAAAACAUAUUCCCUGAUAUGAAAACACAACUGUACGCCUUGUAAUGUAAUGCAAAACUCCUGCAUACAACUUUCCUAUACAAUAAAAUGAAAAAGUGUUACAAUAAAAAACAAAACA